CUCACUCCUUUCUCAACUUCCCCACUCCACUUCUCUCUUUGUCCGCUUCCACGAUGUCGUCCAACUUUACCCAUAUCAAUGUCGGUGUUAUUGGCUUUGGCAUGAGUGCCCAAGUCUUCCACGCCCCGUUGAUCUCGUCUAACAAGGCCUUCAACCUCGUUGCCUUUGUCCGCCGAUCGGGCUCCAAUCUGGCUAUCACCUCCAAAUACCCACUGGCUACUGUCUACCAAUCCCACGACCAGCUUUUCCAGGAUCCCGCCAUUGACCUUAUCGUCAUCACCACGCCCAACACCCUGCACUACGAUCUCGCACGCCAGGCUCUCGAAGCCGGCAAGCAUGUUGUCGUCGAAAAGCCCUUCACGAUCACUUUUGAGGAGGGCAUCUCGCUCGCCAAGCUUGCAAAACAGCAUUCGCGCGUCCUCUCCGUUUUCCAUAACCGUCGUUGGGACGCCGACUUUUUGACCGUCCAAAAGCUGGUUCAGUCGCAAAAGUCGACGCUGGGUAGGAUUGUUAGCUUCGAGUCCCGGUUCGAUCGCUUCCGCAACUUCAGUAAGAACGGAUGGAGAGAGACUGGGAAAGCGGAGGACGGCAGCGGCGUACUUUACGACUUGUGCUCCCACUUGCUCGACCAGGCCCUUGUCCUCUUUGGCGAGCCCGAGUACGUGACCGCUCAUGUCUCGAACCAGCGCCAGCUCGAGGACUCGCAAGUUGAUGACCAAUUCCUGGUACAUCUCGACUACAAGGACGGACUCCGAUGCACACUUGGCGCAGGGAUGCUUGCCAGGAUUCCCACGCCUCGAUUCCGUCUUACAGGCAUGAACGGAUCUUAUGUCAAGUACGGAUUGGACGUACAGGAGAACCAACUCAAGGAUGGUCUGACACCCAAGGACGGCGCAUAUGGGCUCGAGAAGGAGGAGAACUGGGGCGAGAUCGACUCAUUGAUGGAUAUCGAUGGCGUCAAGCUGCAUGUCAAGGGCAAGAUCGACAGCGAGCUGGGACAGUAUGGGGCUUACUAUGAAAAUGUUUGUCAGGCCAUCCGCGGAAACGCACCUCUGGCCGUGACAGCUGAGCAGGCAGCCUGGGUCAUCCAUGGCAUUCAGCUCGCGAUCAAGAGCUCCCAGAGUGGCCAGCGCGUUGCUUGGCACCAGUAGAGGCCUUUUAUAGUUAAUUUUUGCGUUAAUAAAUAUUUCAUUAUGCCUUUC